UCUCCUCUCCCUGAUUUUUAAGAUGUUGCGGCGGCGGCGUCCUCUACACUACCAACACUUACUGGUGUCUGAUUCAGAGACGGAAUCCGACGAUCUAAGUGAACAUUUUAAGGCUCAAACAUCAUUGAUAAAAAGAUGGGGAAAACGAAUUGCAAAGGAAGGAUCUAAAAGUAAGAAAAAAAAUAAGGAAAAAAGCAAUGAAGGAAGAUGUGGGAGUGCAAGGGCAUUGAAGGAGGAUCCAGAAGUUGUGCUGAAGAUUGCAAAACAUUAUCAAGAACAGAUGAAACAUAUUCCGAUCCCGAAGAAUCGCCGGAAGGACGCCGUCUUCGUCACGUGGUGGGCACUAGCAAAUUCCAUGAAGCAGUUUUAUGGGCAGCCAUUGCACUACAUGACUCAAGUUCUGGUAAAGCAGUGGGAUGAGUCAAGAAUUGGCAGUGUGGAAGAAGAGAAGCCGAUGGACAACAUUAUUCAUCCAAGGAGAGCUGAAUCUACCAUUUGGGACGUUGAACAAGUCCACAGGCAAUGCACUUCUCACAUUCAUUUGGCUAAGCUCUGGCUUUCUGACCCCGACUACUAUUCUUUUGUUGAUGAGGUCAUCCCCUCGUCCAAGCUGGUUGCAUGA